GUGCAGUGAUUCUAGGACAUAUAGACUAGCUAGCUAAUCGGUACGUGCGGUUCUUGAUCAAUGGAUCGAUCGAACGUGUGGCCGCUGGUGGCGUCGAUCCAUGGCGGUCUCGUCGUGUCGGUGUCGUCUCUCCUGAUCAUGCUGCUCCUGAAGCCGAUCGUCAAGGACGCCAUGGCGAUGGUCAGAGGCAUACGCACCGUGUCGCGCGCGCUCGUCAGCCUUCUCGUCGCGCGGGGCGGGUGCGGCGGCGGCGGCGGCGACGUGGACGACGCCGUGGUCCGGCCUCCGCGGCGGUACUGCCAGCGGUGCGAUGAUGAUCGGAGGGGCGGCGCGGCGGCGGCGGGGAUGUCGCGCCACGACGUUGCGGCGGUGAUGGAGAGCCUCGGCAUGGCAAUGGAGGCGGCGGAGGAUCACGAGGACGAACGAGGGCGGCAGCAGCAGCAGACGUGCGGCGCGUGCGAGGCGGUGGCGGCGGUGGAGGAGCUGACGGAGAAGAAGGUGGCCGGAGAGGGCGAGCUGCGGGAUGCGUUCGGGGUGUUCGACCGCGACGGGGACGGGUACGUGAGCGCCGGCGAGCUGCGGGCCGUGCUGCGGAGGCUGGGCAUGGAGGAAGGCGCGCGGCACGGCGACUGCGCGAGGAUGAUCGCGGCGUACGACGGCGACGGCGACGGCCGGAUCAGCUUCCGCGAGUUCCGGGCCAUGAUGGAGAACGCGGCUUAGGCGCGCACCAGCUACGACACCGGGUUUCCAGUACUAUACCAGUUUAGUGUUUAAUUAAAUUACUGGAAUACCGUUUAUUACUUUCUUUGAUUACUCGUUUUGUCGAUCGGAAAAGUUGGCUGAUGACUUUCUGAUAAUCACCUUUUGUCCAUCCUGUUGAGUGUCUGAGUUUCAUGUCCUCGGUUAGCAAAGUGUUUGUUUAACCAGUCCAAUAAUAUUCUUUG